UGUGGGUCAUCCCGCUCACGUCACGUGACAUCGCGUCCGACCAAUCAGCGCUCUCCCCCGCGGAGCGCUUCCGGUGGUGUUUCCUGUCAGUGUUUGUAAACUGAGGAAAAAAAUUGGAAGUGCGACAAGAAACAAUAACGUAGAAACUGUGAAACCCGGAAGGCUUUGGCCCCUGAUGAUUUGGGUGGGUGUGGUCUCUUCUGUCACCCCUCAUCCUGAGUGAAGCCCCCUCUGUUUCCCCCAAACACACACGCAUUCAAACCACGGCGAUGACACACCAUUCCAACAACUCUGUCCGAGACCAUAUGAAAUGGGCUGGGUUGCUGGGUUGCGAGGCGGUGCUGUCCAGCAUGGCCCUGAUGCAAGCCAACAGCAUCCCAGGCCAGAAGAAGAUGAUGUCAAAUUUGGGCCAGGGGCACAGGGCCAGCAACGAGAGCCAGCAGAGCCACUCACAGCACCACAACCACCAUGGACACCAGGUUCACCAUGGACAACCACACCACAGCCACAUGGGCCAUCCCUCAGCCGGGAGCUGCCCUCCCCUGCUAAUCCGAAAGGACGGUGAUUACCAUUCAUCAAAGCUGAUGGACGGAAAGGACAUGCAGGCAAACCAGAAUAUGCAACCGAAGAAGAAGCACAAAAAAUCUGGGUUAUCCAACAAAGUUAAAGAGAAAGUGGAGCAUUUACUUCCAGCAGUGAGUAUGGAUGACGACAGUUCAUUGAAAGUGCAGAAGAACUUCAUCUGUGACCACUGCUAUGGAGCUUUCCGGAGCAGCUACCACCUCAAGCGACAUAUACUCACACAUACAGGGGAAAAGCCAUUUGCCUGUGAUGCAUGUGAUAUGCGGUUCAUUCAGCGUUACCACCUGGACAGACACAAGCGGGUGCACAGCGGAGAGAAGCCGUACCAGUGCGAUCGCUGUCAUCAGAACUUCUCACGGACCGACAGGCUGCUGAGGCACCGGCGGCUCUGCACAGUCGGAGUGAGCAAAGAAGAAAACCAGUACUCGCAGGACGCAUCUGCCCAUCCCGCAUCCUGGAGCCCACUACAGCCUUCCAACAACCGCCUGACUGUCUGACCCCCAAACCCUCCCCCCACAGAGACAGUACAAAACAGCCGGCUGAAUCUCAGUCAUGUCGAAAGCUGGAGCCUGACUUUACUGUAACGGAAAACAGCCCGGCUUGAAUCUUUAGUUUGCUGUCAUCAGCUCAUGCAUCGAGUUUGAUUGUGGAUUUUUGUACUUUUUUUUUUUUAUCUAUUGUUACAGUCACGAUACACAUAAAAAGGGAGACAACUAAUUCACAAUCUCGGACAACAGUUGAUGUUAUGGCAAUAACCUAAUGACAAAGACACACAUCUGCUUUUAUCGGAAAGGUUUUUGGUUUUGCUGCCAAGAGAUUCUGAAUAGUUUUGACUGCAUGGACCUAAGUGCAUCAUACAGCGCCUCCUGUGUGUCCUGCAAUCAGCCCUGGAGCUGCCUGUUACUACACAUGGACAAUUCACUGAGGGACAAAGACACAGAACCAUGUUGCUUUUUAAGUUCUGCUUAUUUUGUGUUGAUGAGGUUACGACUCGUCUGCCAGCCUCUGCUGACAAGAAGGAACAAGACUAGUGAUCCUUGCUGCAUCGAGGAAACAGUUAUCCUCCUGUCCCAUGUGUCUGAACACCUGCAUUAUGUAACACUAAAGACAGGUUAUUUAUGAUGCUCCUGAAAUGUUAAUUUCAAUUAAUUUUGGUGUUAGUUAAGUUGUGUAGCGACUUCUGGCACGUAUCCACUGCUGUACCUUGUUUAAAAGGGGUCAUGCCCGAGCUGUGGCAGGUGACACUAUUGAAACACGGAGCCCGUUCAGACCUGGUAUUAACAUCCGUCCCGAGGCAUCCGAUCACAUUGAUAAGUUCAGGUCUAAGUGCAUCCAAAUGCGUCCUGAGACUUGAUCACUCAGAUCACAUUCAGAGGUGGUCAAGGACACGUGGCCAUAUUCAUAGCUGUGUGACUGCAGAUGCAUCCUGGGCCACAUAUUCAGGAUCGCCUGCUCAGCUGAUGUCUCUGACCCGCUACAGUUUUACAAAAAUGAAUCUCAAGUAUUUUUACGCUUCUCUGUGUCCAUACGUUGAUUUGUUUGUGGCCACUGACACAAUAUCGACAGUAACUACUGCAUGAGAUUCAUUCAGUCCCUCCUGACCCUCCGUCUAUAUACCUCUCUCUCUUGCUCACUCGUGCUGACACAGUGACAUCAGACACAUAUAGUCAGACUGGGUAAAAACAACAUAAUGUGCUCGUGAUUAUUUUCAUUUAGCAGGGGGAAGUGAGAUCCGAUCACAAGUGGUCACAGGAGACACAUUCAGGACGCAUCUUAACACCAGGUGUGAACAUUCAAGCUUAAUGCUGUCCACUUGUGAUCUGAUUUCUCAGGACGGAUGUUGACACCAGGUCUGAACAGGACCCCAGUAGAAGGUUGACAGGUUUUGUAGAAAUAGCCUUGAUUGUUUUUAUAAAUGCUCUUGAACAAGUUAGUGAGCUUUUUUUAUAAUGUUAGCUGGAUAUAGGAACCACCUGUCUGUGGCAAAAAUGAUCUGUGUGACACACUCUAUAUACUGUAAAUUCAAUAUGUGUCUUUUCCUAGAAACCACUGUCAGUCUUAUUUUUUCCCCACUCUGCGUCAUCCUUUCAGAGUAUUUCUGAUACGUGAGGCUGGGUCAGCAUAUUGUCGGUAGUCCCUGGGAUUUACCUGAAAGUUCCUGAGAGCGCAUUAGCCCAUGAAAUCUCAUCAAAAACUGAUUUUUUUAACACUGUUUGCACACAGGUGCAUCAAAACUAUCCCUAGACCCCCAAAAAUCAUGUUCUCUGUGGAUUCUGGGAAAGUUUUUCCUGGAGCUCAGCGGUUUAAUUCAACUCUCAUGAAAUUGCCAGCUCAUGCAGCUUAAAGUAUAAUUUGGCUCAUCUGCAGAUUUCCAGAGCUGAUCUCCGUCUUGACCUGAGCGAAUGUGAUAUGAAUACAGUGCCAUGUCAUUUCAUCCCCACUUUAACCUUGAGCAUCUUCAGUGAAGAUGAUAAUUUGGGCUAGGCUGAACACAAGUUCUACAUGGUGUUUUCUAUGAUGCUGACCUACAUUGUAUUACUGUAAGUUAUGGCCCUCUGUAGGAUCAAAUCAGUUUGUGAACACUGGACUGAAGAUGGUAGCUCAGUAGUAAAGAAGAGAGGAGUAACAUUUGUUUUCUGUUUAGACUAAAACCUGUGUUACUGUAGACUGGUAGUUCUGUUGCUUUCAGACUUUUAGAUUGUGGGGAAGGAGACUGUCUACUGUUUAUGAAGUUAAUAUAUAUUUAAAAUGUAUUAGGGGUAGAAAAUAGUAUGUAUGGGACCUACACUCCAAAACAAAUCAAAGUAUUUACAAAGUUAUAAACCUUAGUCUGAUGAUUUCUUAUGGAAACUGAAAAGGCCAUAAUGAGUUAUUGUUCAUCUAGUUAGCUGGAGUGAAGUAAGAGCCGACUCUUACCAAUUUUAGAAUAGCAGCCAUGACUGUUACCAUAUUGUUUUUUACAUUUUUCUUUUGCAUGUAUUUGUUGGAGGGACUUGUACAUAUAUAUUUUGUUCUGGUAACGUCUUUAUUUUAAAUGCCAGCCUCAGUUUGUUUUUGUAAUUUCAGGGGUGUGAAGUAAAGACUCAGUCAAUCAAAACUGUAGUGAAUGGAGUUUUAGGCCCCAAGUCUCAAUAAAGCUGUUACAUUUUUUCAACAAA